AUGACUACAGAUGAAUCAAAUGCCCUUGAUGCUCGCAGUGGCGGCAAGAGCCAUAAGAGCGAAAAGGCUGGCGUGCUAACUGGUAAUCCAUAUGAUGCCUCCCAAAGCACGUUGGAGCCGGCUGCACCAGGCGACGACCUUCCUGGGUGGAAGGUCUUCGUCAUUUGGUUGGCAGUCGCCCUCGGCGUUCUUUGCACUUUUCUAGACGAAGGUAUCAUUGCGACAGCCAUUCCGCGGAUCACGGAUGAGUUCGGCUCUUUAACAGACGUUGGUUGGUAUGGCUCUGCCUACCAAAUGACUCUUUGUGCUUUUCAACUGAUCUUUGGUCGCCUCUACAAUCAAUUCAAUAUCAAGAUCGUCUUUCUCAUCUCUCUUGCAAUAUUCGAAAUAGGGUCUCUCAUCUGCGCGGUGAGCCCAAGCUCAGCAGUUUUCAUUGCGGGCCGUGCCAUCGCAGGCCUCGGCGCCUCUGGACUUCAGAGCGGCUGUCUUGUUCUCAUCUCAGCGGCGCUACCAGCCAAAAAGCUACCAAUGUAUGUAGGAGCGAUUGGCAUGGUUUAUGGCGUGGCUGCUGUCCUUGGUCCGGUUGUUGGCGGUGUGAUUACCAAUAGCUACCUCACAUGGCGAUGGUGUUUCUACAUUAACCUUCCGAUAGCAGCACCGCCUGUGGUGGCGACGUUAUUCUGGGUAAAGUCACCCCCACCGACGGAUGAGCAGCGGCGGCCAUGGCUGCAGAAGAUCCAGGGUCUGGAUUAUCUUGGCAUGGUUCUCCUGUUGCCAGGAAUCACAUCGCUUCUGCUCGCGCUCCAGUUCGGCGGCGCACUGUUCUCAUGGAGCGAUAAGAGAACGAUUGUAUGUUUUGUACUCGCUGGUGUUCUCGUCGUGGGGUUUGUGAUUGAGCAGUGGUGGAUGGGUGAGAAGGCCCUGGUGCCUCCACGCCUAGCCAAGAUGCGUAUAGUGAUAUUUGGGGCCUUUUUCGGCUUCUGUUUAGACAGUGCCUUCUUCACACUCGUCUACUACGUGCCUCUUUGGUUCCAGGCCAUCCAAGGUGCAACGGCGGAGCAGUCUGGUGUAAGAUAUCUAGCUCUCUGCCUUGCAUUUAUUUUCACCAUCUUUCUUAGUGGCUGGGGAGUCACAAAGACGGGUUACUAUCAACCCUUCAUGCUGACGGGGACUGUUCUACUGUCAGUGGGCUCUGGUCUGCUCUCGACUCUCAAGGUCACCUCGGGCGCGAACCACUGGAUCCCGUUCCAAGUUAUAGCAGGCCUAGGGAUCGGGGUAUCAACGCAACAGGCCGCUGUUGCUGUUCAAAGCAGUCUUGAAGAGGCCGAUAUCGCUAUUGGUGUUGCGGUCGUCAUGUUCUUCCAAUGUCUGGGGCCAACAACCGCUAUUACCAUCGCUCAGGCCGUCUUUGCCAGCUCUCUCACGUCAGGCAUAUUGGCCAAUUUUCCGGGGGUCGACCCGAAGCUAAUCAGAGACUCGGGAGCGACAGGGUUGAAGGACUUGGUACCGUCUGAGCAGUUUGAAGUUCUUCUGCAAAUCUAUAACCACUCGAUCACGAGGACGUAUCUUGUCGCUGCGGCUCUAGCUGCUGCGAGCAUCAUUGGCGUCGUAGGUGUAGGGCUGAACAAGAUCCAAACUGAAGAGGACGCCGGGAAAGCAGACGCCGAGAGCCAAUGA